CAACGAAAGAGUUCAUGGAGAGGUUUCAUUAUUGUGAAUGCCUUUAGUAACGGGUGAUCCAGCUACUUCUCCAAUAUUGAGUGAGACUUAUCUAGUCCAUUCAAUAACAAAUUUUUAUUAUAUAUAAAAAGAAGGUUGAAUGAAGUGGUGAAUUUCCAAUUUUGAGUUCCAGUUCAAGAGGGAAAACCCAAAUUGUUAGGCAUUAAAGAUUGUCAAUUUGAUCUUAAGUGUUAGUCAGACUACAACUAAUUGUAUGUUGACUUAAUGUGUAAUACUUAAUCAAUAAAUACAACUUAAGAAUACCUUAGCCACCAAAUCAAGUAUCACUUAAGUUAUAUUGCCCCCACGAGCUGGAUCAGCUGGAAGGGUGUCUGACGCUUGCAACGGAGGUUCAGGAGUCGAGGGUCGCCAGUUGCACAUGGACGUAAAACCUCGAUCUGCUGCGCUUUAAAUUCCACUCGACCCCCAGUCACUCCUCCUGCCCAGCUUAACCGUGAUUUAUCCCCUCUGGAUAUUUGUGGGGCCGGGCCCAGGGGGCUGCUAAGGUGACGGUUCCACCUUUUGCAACUUAAGUUAUAUUCAUUGAUGCUAUCCCCUUGACCUCCUUUGCCAACCUCAGUCUCCAACCAUGGAAGACCCACAUCUCUAUCAUCAUCCUUGGCCACUGCCUCUCCAUAGAUCCUUAAUCACCUUAGAGAAGCAUCAUAAUUGACACUCAAAGCAUGCGAAUCUAACUCUCGAUAUAAUUCUUUUACUAAUUCAUGUUUGUCGUCGUCUAUAAAAAUCUAGUGUUCUAGAUAAAUAUCAUGACACCUAAAUCAAUCCCAAUCCCAAUCCCAAUCCCAAUCCAAAUCAAAUCAAUUUUUUUUACCCUAAUUGAACUGGCAAACUGUUGUUUUCUCCUCUUUUGUCGUGGUGAUUUUGUGGCUAGAGCAUGAGCAUUCACGAUUGCUUGGCCGUGAGCUCAUGGUAGAGCUCGCGGCUGUGAAAUCACGGCCGCUGCUUGGCCAUAAUUUCAAAGCCAGAACGUGAGCAUUUGCAACCACUUUGUGUGGUUUUGUGGCCGUGAGCUAGCAACCAUUCAUAGCAGCUGCGAAAUUGCGGUCACCUAGCUGCAAAUGGUUUAUAGCCAGAUGGUAUGAUUAUGCAGUCAUGAGUUCCACUGUGAGCUCACGGCAGGCAGCUAUGAAUGCUCGUGGUCCGGAUGGGAAAUCUCAGAGGCCGUAAUCUCUUGUCCAAAGGAGGGAUUAUAUUCUAUGGUCCAUGGACGAAGAGAAGAGAGAUUCAGUCAGUUAAUAAUUAAGAUCACGAAGGCUUCGAGGAUGUUGCCGGUAGAGAAGUCUGUCUCUGCUUGCAGGAACUGAUGAAUUAUUGUCCGCGGGUGGUCCUAUAUACUUCAAUAAUGCUACUUGAAUUCGUAUAACUUGCUGACAAAUACAAUCUCCCACAGAGAAGCUAAAGCUGCAUGAUUCAUGCAUUGAACACGAUUGGAGCACGCAGCUACCGUCGAGUAUAUCUACAAAGCUCCAACGUUAUGGUUCAUGGCCACUGAUUUAGCUCCAACUAGGAUAAGAGAGAUAAUUAAGAUAAGAAUAUAAUUACAAGAAACAAAAUAAAAUUAUGGCUAUAAAAGAGAGACCCAUUGCCCAUCCUCUUUCAGGCCUACCGGAUUCAGUCUUUAGAUGGCUGAGAAGAAGGAGAAGAAGGAGGAGAAGAAAGGCCCAAAGGUCGUCACGGUUAUCAUAAGGGUUGAUCUUGGAUGCCGAUGCUGCGCCAAGAAGAUAAAGAGCACUCUGUGCAAGCUCCAGAAGCGAUUCAAGAUCAGUUCCAUCGUGUUCGAUGAGGAGAAGAACACUGUGACGGUCUCCGGCCCCUUCGACCCCAACGCCUUCAUAAAGCAGCUCUGCUGCAUGGCCUACAAGGUGAUCAAAGACGUCUCUAUCAAACCGGACCCACCACCUCCGCCGCCUCCGCCGCCGCCGCCUCCUCCUCCGCCGCCGCCAUGUCCGCCGCUGUGGCCGCCUGUGUGUCUGCCUCCGUGUCCGCCGCCGUGUCCCCCUCUGUGCCUGCCGCCGUGUCCGCCUCCCAAGCCCUGCUGUAACUGCCAGUGUCCGCCGACCAAGCCGUGUCCGCCUCCGUGUCCGCAGCCGUGUCCGCCGACCAAGCCCUGCUGUAACUGCCAGUGUCCUCCGACCAAGCCGUGUCCGCCGACAGUGUGGCCGCCGGAGUGUCCGCCGCUGUGUCCUCCGAUUAGGCCGCCAGUGUGGCCGCCAGAGUGUCCGCCGCUGUGUCCGCCGAUUAGGCCGCCAGUGUGGCCGCCGAUUUGGCCGCCAACGUGGCCGCCAGACAUAUGUAAUACCGACUGGCCAUGCUUCAAAAUCGUGUGCGAGCCCGAGCCUUCCCCCGUUUGCACCAUCAUGUAGUUCAAUUCUCUUAUAACUUCGCACAUAAAUAAUUCACUGAGCGGAUCUUGAGGUUGAGGAACGUCAACCUCGGAACGCAAUAUUGUAAGCAAACUGUACCGUUAUCGAGUUGCUUCUCUAUCUAGAAAUAAAUAUAUAAUCUGCUUCUAUUUA